GCACGGCGUAUGUUCUCUGCUUGAAGAAUAGAUAGUCGAGCUUUCUUUCCUCUCUCUUCUUUCUCUUCAACUUAAGAAGAAGAAUCAUUGUGGAAUUGAUUUCCUUGCGCACUCAAUUGAAUAGACAUUCUACUCACUCGUAACCAUGCAUUUCUCCCCGCUUCUCCUCUGCGUGUUGGUCAAAUUCGCGGCUGCUGCGCCAGUUGAGAUGGUCCCUGUUGCUCCACUGAUCACUUUAUAUCACGAUGCCGAGUGGGUGGGGCAGCAGUUUGACGCCCGCAGCCUGAGAACUUGUGUAAAGGUCGAUGGUCCGCUGCAUGGGCAUGUGCAAUCCGCAAAGCUAUGGCCAAAUUCUCCUCCAUCUAGGCUUUGCGCUCUAUUUGAAUCUGAUGACUGCAGGCCUGGCACCGAAGUCAUUUUCAUUAGGGCUGAGAAUAGCAAGGUCAACAUCCGACAUAACGGCAAUGUUCGAUCAGUGUAUUGCUUAGGUACGAGAGAUCAAGACCCCAAGUAAAUGCUUUUUUUGUGCAAAGGAUUCUGAUUCAAAGAGCUAACUGUA